AUGUCUGAAGAGAUUGUUUCGAGGGUUUCCAAUUACUUAACACCUCAAGUUCCUUUCAAAGCCAUUGCACAAGGUGCAGAAGCAGUUGUAUUCACUACAAAUGUCCAUCCAUAUCUACCGGCAAAAGAUUCAAACAAUAAGACCUAUGUGAUUAAAUACAGACCACCAAAGAGGUAUAGACAUCCUUCAAUUGAUAGAUCAUUGACAAAACAUAGAACUUUAAGUGAAUCUAGAUUACUAGCUAAAUUGUUUUUGAUUCCAGGUCUAAAAGUGCCGCAACUAAUAGCGUGUGAUGCUUACAAUGGAUACAUAUGGAUUGAAUUCUUAGGUGAAGAUUUACCCAACGAUGCUGGAUUUAGCAAUCUAAAGAAUUUUCUCUGGAUGUUUGCCCCCAGUGAUCCUUAUGAUCCAAUCGUCAAGGAAACUCUGAUUAAAGUUGGUGAGCAAAUUGGGCUCCUUCACUGGAAUGAUUAUUGUCAUGGAGAUUUAACUAGUUCAAACAUUGUGCUGGUUAGAGAAGGUCCUGAAAGCUGGCAACCAUAUUUGAUAGAUUUUGGUCUUGGCUCUACUUCUAACAUGGUUGAAGAUAAAGGUGUUGAUCUCUAUGUUUUAGAGAGAGCCAUCGUUAGUACCCAUUCUUUGUUUGCAGACACUUAUAAAGAAUGGCUGAUGCAUGGAUUUUGUCAAGUGUACAAGAACAAUGGUGCUGAGGGUGAAAAAAAACUCAAGGAAGUCCUCAACAGAUUCCAAGAGGUUAGAAUGCGUGGUAGAAAGAGAAGUAUGAUUGGUUAA